UUCAAACUCCGCGACUCCGACACCCUCGCUUCCCUCUACCGGGCCAGGCGAGGAGUCCGCGCGACCCGCCGGCAUCUCAGCUCACCCCAGUUCCCCGGAAAAGAGAGUGUCUGGCCGUGUGGCCAUGAAGCAGCACGGGCUGGAGCAGCUUUGGAUGCUGGUAUCGUUGUUGGCGAUGCUGGCCACUCUGACCUGCUCCAAACAGCAGCUGGGACUGUGGCCCCAGCCGCUCUCGGUAGAGCUGUACCCGCGCGUGUGGCACCUGUCCCGCCAGGCGUUCAUCAUCGACCACAACUCCUCUUCCACCGUCAACCGAUCCUGCCGCCUCCUGCAGGAAGCUUUUCAGAGAUAUCAGGAGUAUAUUUUCAAUUACACUGAGAAGCAACAAGACUCUGCUAUAUCUGAAAGUGCAAAACAGCUACAGAAACUCCUGGUCUCAGUGACUCAUGACUCAGAUUGUGAGUCUUACCCCAAAUUCUCUUCAGAUGAAUCCUAUAACUUGAACGUACUAGGACCAGUGGCUUUCCUCAGUGCCAAGAGUGUCUGGGGAGUGUUGAGAGGCUUAGAGACCUUUAGCCAGUUGAUUUAUCAAGAUUCAUAUGGGACUAUUAUGAUCAAUGAAUCCUCCAUUAUUGACGUGCCCAGGUUUCCUUAUAGAGGUAUUUUAAUUGAUACAUCCAGACACUACCUGUCCAUUGAGCUUAUUUUUCAAACUCUUGAUGCCAUGGCUUUUAACAAGUUCAAUGUUCUCCACUGGCACAUAGUCGAUGACCAGUCUUUCCCAUACCAGAGCACCACUUUUCCAGAGUUAAGCAAUCAGGGACGCUAUUCCCCAUCUCAUGUGUAUACUCCACAAAAUGUUAAGAAGGUGAUUGAAUAUGCCCGGUUACGGGGCAUUCGAAUCAUACCAGAAUUUGAUACUCCUGGGCAUACACAGUCUUGGGGGAAAGGUCAGAAAGACCUCCUGACUCCCUGCUAUAGUGAAGUGUGGCCACCUUUGGUGUUUGGCCCUGUGAACCCUGUCCGAAAUUCAACUUACAACUUCAUGUCUAGGUUUUUGACUGAAAUUAGUGAAGUGUUCCCAGACAAAUUUAUUCAUUUGGGAGGAGAUGAAGUGGAUUUUACUUGUUGGCUAAACAAUCCAGAAAUAAAAGCUUUCAUGAAACGCAAUGGGCUUAACAGAGAUCUAAGAAAACUGGAAUCUUUCUAUAUUGAAAAACUUUUGAAUAUUGUUGCAAAGCUAAACAAGAAAGCCAUAGUCUGGCAAGAAGUUUUUGAUGAUGAAGUAAAGCUUAAUCAAGACACAAUAGUUCAAAUAUGGAAAGCAGAAAGUUAUGCCUUUGAAGAAGCAAAAGUCACAGCAGCUGGCUUCCAGGUCAUCCUUUCUUCUCCUUGGUACUUAGAUUUGAUUAGUUAUGGAGAAGAUUGGAAAAAAUAUUAUUUAGCAGAACCUCUUAAAUUUUUUGGUUCUCAGGAACAGAAACAACUUGUCAUUGGAGGAGAAGCCUGUCUUUGGGGAGAAUAUGUGGAUGAAACUAAUUUCACACCAAGAUUGUGGCCUCGGGCAAGUGCAGCUGGCGAGAGACUCUGGAGUCACCAAAAGGUCCGAAAUAUACAGGAUGCCAGUGAAAGACUGGCAAUUCACCGCUGCAGGAUGGUCAGACGUGGAAUAGCUGCACAACCUCUUUACGUUGGACAUUGUGAUCAUGAGUAUAAACAUGUCAAAAUUAGAUGAAGCAGAAAGGAACAAAAAAUGGAAACCCCAUAUCAUUCUUUACUAUGAUCACCUUCAAUAACUUUGUUUUGAAAUCAUGUAAACUGCUUUUGAAUAAAAUCGUAUUAUUUGAACCUAUAA